CCCCUGUGUACAAUUCCCGAUUUAAAAAAAAAAAAAAAAAAAUCCUGGAAUGAGCUUUAACACCUAGUAGUUCUUCAUAAUAUGCUCGUGUAUGUCUUGCUGAAUUAUAAAGUCUAGGUACAUAGGGUUGCUCUUGACCUUAUUGAUUAAUUUAGUGUUCAUAGAAAGUGCUCAGUAAAUCUGAAGUAAUGGGGAGUCUCUGUGGGGGAGUCUCACCAGAUUGCAGAACAUGCCUUUAUGAAUGAAUAUGUUCCAAACCACACAUUCUCAAGCUUUGUGGCCAGUGAUCAUGGAUAGAAAGUGGAUUGUGAUGUGUACAGAACUUGGGAUCUUAGGAAGUUCCGUAACAGAAGAAGUAACAACAGCCAGUGGAGACAAAAAGAAUUGCUUCUCUGUUCUUUCCCACUCCAAGUUCUUAGUGGAGGAUUGAGCCCAGCAUCCCAGACUUGUGUGACUAUAUAUGCAAGCAUUCAAAGUCUCAACUUGAUUUUGGUCCCUUAGCCAUCAAUGGCUCAAGGUGUUGGCCUCUGAAUAGACAGAGGCAUCUUAAGUAGCAAAACUCCUUACUUUAAGCAAACCCAAAAUCAUGAAGGGAGACACCAUGGAGUCAGCACCACCCACCGCAGCCUAUCGCUCUGUCAUGGAAGAGUAUGGUUAUGAGGUGGGCAAGGUCAUAGGCAAUGGCUCCUAUGGGACUGUGUAUGAGGCUUACUACACAAAGCAGAAGGUCAUGGUGGCUGUCAAGAUCAUCUCAAAGAAGAAGGCCUCUGAAGACUAUCUUAACAAGUUCCUGCCCCGCGAGAUACAGGUAAUGAAAGUCUUGCGGCACAAGUACCUCAUCAACUUCUAUCAGGCCAUUGAGACAACAUCCCGAGUGUACAUCGUUUUGGAGCUGGCUCAAGGUGGUGAUGUUCUUGAAUGGAUCCAGCGCUUUGGGGCCUGCUCUGAGCCCCUUGCUGGCAAGUGGUUCUCCCAGCUGACCCUGGGUAUCGCCUACCUGCACAGCAAGGGCAUCGUGCACCGCCUGACCCCCAGCCUUUCUGCUGCUAGUAGGGAUUUAAAGUUGGAGAACCUGUUGCUGGACAAGCGGGAGAAUGUGAAGAUAUCGGACUUCGGCUUCUCCAAGAUGGUGCCUUCUAACCAGCCUGUGCGUAGUAGCUCUUCUUACCGCCAAGUGAACUUAUUUUCCCACCUCAGCCAGACCUACUGUGGCAGCUUUGCUUAUGCCUGCCCGGAGAUCUUGCUAGGCUUGCCCUACAAUCCUUUCCUGUCUGACACCUGGAGCAUGGGCGUCAUCCUCUACACUCUAGUGGUCGCCCAUCUGCCCUUUGAUGACACCAAUCUCAAGAAGCUGCUGAAAGAGACUCAGAAGGAGGUCACUUUCCCAUCUAACUGCACCGUCUCCCAGGAGUGCAAGAACCUGGUCCUCCGGAUGCUACGCCCAGCUACCAAGCGUGCCACCAUCCUGGACAUCCUCAAGGAUCCCUGGGUGGUCAAAUUCCAGCCUGAGCAACCCACAUAUGAGAUCAGGUUACUUGAGGCUGUGUGCCAGUCCCCCAACAACAGUAAUCGUCGUCGCCAGUCUUUGGAAGGCAGGAGCUGAAAAUAACUAAGGCAAGGUGCUGAGAGGAGCAAAGUAGGAGGGUCUGGGGCUUUUAUACCAAAAAUAAAUCUAAUUCUGACAGUUUCA